AUGGGCGACUACGUCGAUAAUGACCAACCUGCGGCCGUAGCAGCACCGCUUCCCGUGUUGAUCAUUGGCGCCGGAUGCACCGGUCUGAGCCUGGCCCAAGGCCUCAAGAAGGUUUGCUCCUACACCCCGCCAGAGAGCGCCCAUGAUCUUGGCUAA